AUGACGACCCCAUUCUCCCUCCUCGACAACGACCCCUCCUCAGCCCUGCGAUCCGCCACAACCCCAUCUGACGUUCGUGCCGCCCUAGCCGCCCUCCACGCCCGCGAAUCUGCCCUCACUGCCUCCCUGCACACUCUCCUCUCCGCCCAAGCAGACCUCACGCGCCAGCUUGCCCGCCUCGACAACCUGCGCGCGGCCCUCGGCGCCCAGGCCAUCGCCACGCGCAGCAUAUCCAGCACGAUGCUGCACCCGGCCGCCGAGACGGCUGGUGAGCUGUCAGGCCGCGUGCGCGCGUUAGAUCUGGAGAAGCGUCGCGUGGACGAGACGCUGCGUGUCGUGGAGCAGGUGGCCGAGCUGAAGGCUUGUGUGGCGGGCGUCGUGGGGAGUAUGGGUGCUCCGCAAGAUUGGGAGGCUGCGGCGGGGUAUAUUGCGCGGGCGGCGAGGGUACCGGAGGAGAUUGUGCGGGGAGGGUUUGCGGCAGCGGUGGUGCCGACGGUAGAGGUGCCUGAUCCGCCGUGGGUGACGCUGGAGCAAGCGAGGGAGAGUCUGUGUGGGUUGUUUUUGAGGGAGUUUAAGAAGGCUGCUGCGGAGGGGGAUGCGGCGAAGGUGACGAGGUUUUUUAAGCUUUUUCCGUUGAUUGGGAGAGGGGAUGUUGGGUUAGAUGUGUAUGGGCAAUAUGUGUGUCAGGGUGUGGCCGGGCAGGCGAGGGCCAUGUUGAAGGAGGGGACGACAGGAGCAGCAGCUGGGCAGCCUAGGAAGGAUGGCGUGUUCUUUGCGAAUGCGCUGACGAAAUUGUUUGAUCAUAUUGCCAGGAUUGUGGAGGCCCAUGGUGGGCUAGUUGAGAGGCAUUACGGGACGGGAAAGAUGGUUAAGGUGAUUGAGAGGCUGCAGAUGGAAUGUGAUGUCCAGGGAGGCAUCAUUGUGGACUCAUGGAGCGACGAACGUGCGGUCGAUCGCCGGCUAACCGAUGUCAAGAGCUAUCCCUUUACCUUCCUGGUCCAGAGCUUCCUGCCACAGAACCGUGGCUUUGGAGGUGUGCAGAGGGUAAAUUCACCCGCUGCUGGAGGGGGUACCAAUGACGGCCGCAAUAGCGAAGACGAGGGCGUCAAUAUGAAGGAGAUUGAUGCCCUGUUGUUUGAAAUAGCGGCCAUGUUGGAAAAGUGGUCCGUCUACUCACGGUUUAUUGCCACGAAGUGCAAGGACCCCACUACCCCCGAUGAUGCCCCCCUCACCAUGCCCGAGCUCCUCAUCAAGUCCAACCUCGGCCGGAAGGUCGCCAACAAGCUCAUCCAGCCCUACAACAUCCUCACGACCUUCUUCUUCCGGCGCUCCGUCGAAAAGGCCUUCCAACUCGACGAAUCCCCUCCCGGCUUGACCCUCAACAUGAGCAAGCCCAUCGACAGCAACCCCCCCUACAUCAUCUCCGCCGUCGACGUCGUAAUGUACAUCGUCAACACAGUCAUCCGGCGCUCCAUUGACACCUCCCAACGCGCAGUCAUCGAUUCCGUAAUCCCCAACAUCUCUUCCCUCCUUGGCUCAGACUUCAUCGGCAUGAUCCAACGCCGCAUGCGCGACGAGUCCUACCCGAAACCCAACGUCCAAGGCGGCUUCCCGCCCGAAGACAAAAUCGUCUCCUUCAUCGUCCUCCUCAACAGCCUGGACAUGGCCAACGAGUACCUGGCGCGCAUCGUCUCCAACUUCCUCAACCCGCCGGACCCAGCAACCACCAACCCUUCCCUCGCCCCGAACGGCAUGCCCCCGCGUACCCUACAAUCCGCCUUUCCCUUCCGCUCCGACGCCACCGACGUCGCGGUCCGCCUACAAAACCUCAACGCUUCCUUCACCUCCAAGGCGACCGAACUCCUCAACGAAGGCCUCAAAGUCCUCUUCAGCCAGGUCGUGAAGCCUCGUCUCCGACCCAUCCUCACCGACGCCUUUCGCGACGCGGACUAUGCCCUGGAUGAGCAGCAGACCGCUGAGCUAGCGAUGCAGCUCGUCAGCGACGGCACGCUGCAAGCGGAAGACGAAUUGCUAGAGCAGGUGCCACGGGCAUUCGAGCGCGGCUGGGACGCGCUGAUGAGGCCGAUUGGGAGGAUACUCAGUCCCAGGGGGUAUACUGCCUUGUUAGACUUGACGGCGGAGUAUUUGGCGAAGGUGUUGGAGAAGAGGGUGUGGAGUUAUGCGGGGGGCAGGGCGAGUGCGUACGGGGCGAUUAGGAUGGAGAGGGACUUUGGGGGAAUUAUUUCGGCGAUUAGUAAGGGAAAUUAUGCGGUUCGGGAGAUGUUUGGACGGACGGCGCAGAUAUUGAUGGUAGCGAAUAUGGAGGAGGAGGAGUGGGAGGAGCUGGCAGGCGUUGCGGAGGGGGAGAUGGAGUGGGUGUUGAGUGAGGAGGAGAGGAGGAAGGCUAGGACGAUUGUUAAGGCGUGA